CUAGAUGAAAGAUAUUGCAAUUCAUUCUUAGCUGACAGACAGCUUGUCAACUGAAAAAAGCUAAACUGAACUUGUAAUCGAAAUCAAUUAAUAAGCAAAGCAAAAUAUAAUAAAAAAAAAGCUUAUUAAGGACCAAAGAGCAAGCAAUGCCACGCGGUAAGUUCUUGAACCACAAAGGUCAAAGCCGUCAGUUUACGCCAGUAGAAGAACUGCAGCGGGAACAGGACCUGGAAUGGAAUCUAAAUAGAAAUUUUCAUUGGCAAUAUGGUAACGGAAAUGGAAAUGGGAAUGGGAGUGGCAGUAGCAAUGAUAAUAUCAAUAUUGAAACCGUUGCAAAUUCAAGGGUGAAGAAAAUGGGCAACGCUGUUGAAGGCCUUAUUGAAAUAUCGAAUCCAAAUCGAACAAUUCUGAAGAGCUCGGAAUCUUCAACAGGCAGUCUAAGCGGGGACCGUUACAACAAGGAUAAGCAGCGCUUCAAUCAAAACAAUCAAAAGAGAGCGAAUGAGAUGAAAGCGGAUAUUGAACGUCUAGCUCUUGUCCGUAAAAAACGGGAAGCGGCCGCCGAACUUCGUUUGGCUGCAAAAAAGGAGAAUAAUCUGGCGAUUGUAACUCCAAUUGUUACACCAAUCAAAUCGAAAUCGGAUAUGUCCUUAAAAAAGAAGGGACAAAAGCACAAAUCAAAUGGAUCUGGCUCAAAUAAUAGUUUUCUAAAUACCGACUUUGACAAUAUUCAUGAGAAAGACAACGAUAUCAGAAAAUUGAUCAAGGAACGCAAUGGAAAUAAACGAAAUGGCAUGCAUAAUGCUUAAAUCAUAGUAGGCAUGCGAAAAAGUAGGCAUGUAUAAAUAAAUAGAAUUAAUAUACAGCCUUCAGUCAUUUCGAUAUUAUAUCAAGCUAAUUUCGAUUUGUAAAUUUUGAGUUCGUCACAGGAAUAAAUCAUA